GAACGCAACUGAUGAUGUGUAACAACAAAUAAGGCUUCCGAUGAUCGUUUCCGUGUAGAAAUAGCAAAUAAUGCGAGCCAGAAUAAUGUUCUUUUGGAAAAGCUUUACGUUUAGUGAUCGUCGAUAAUUCCUGCACAAAAAAAUGCUCCCUUUCAGUGUGCUACAUCUCACCGAGCGAAGAUUGUUUAGCGAUCGCCUCCGAAACGUCACACCUUCAUCAGCUCUAUUUACAACAAGCCUACUUGUUAAACGUUCCGUCAACAGCAUCCACCUCCCUAGCAACCCUUCAUUCUUUCAUUACGGCUUUCAUCUUAUAUUUUUGGCGAUUAAUUUUUAUGUUCGCCUCAUUGCAUUGCGUGCACUUCACUCGUGGUCUGUAUUUGUGAAAAGUGUGUUUUUUUUAUUUACACGUGUGUAUACACAUGCAAAGAAACGAGCAUCCGUGGAAAUGUUGGCAUCACUAGUGGAGUUGUAAAAAGCAGAGAAAAAGAGAACGAGAUAUGUGUGAAAGAGAGAGUGGCAAUUUAGAGGAACGAGAGCAACGAGGAAACUAACACACAAGCAGAAACAGCGCGAUCCGCGAUCAAAUUCUCACUCUCUCUCUCUCUCUCUCCCUCUCUUGGAUGCGAUGAUCGCGGAAAGCAACGCAUCAUCAUCCGGCACUGUCUGAAUAGUUUGAUCCGCCGUGGUGGAAGGUUCGAUUCGCGCGUCGACGCAUUUGUGCGGGUUUUUGUAUACUUGUAGCAUACGUUCUGCUCCUUUACUGUAUAUCGAUCGUGGCGAAAUAGAUCAUUUGUGCGAUCAGGUUUUUUUUGUUGCUGUUGUGUGUGGCAAACAUUUGAAGCAAGUGUAGAACCUUUUAGUUUUUUUUCUGUUUUGUCAUUUUGUUCCAAUUUCCAUUCUAUCAACAAAACGUCGUACAAAAACAUAUUAAAAGACUCCGUUCUGUUAAAUAGGAAGAAACGAUUAUUCAGCACGCAACAACACCACCACCCAGGGGGUACAGCGUUGGAAUUUUGUCAUCGUAAAAAAUAAUUUAACAUCAUCACCAAUAUCACCCAGAAAGGACUAACCUUCGCAAGGGCCCAAAGAGAAUACCUUUCCGGUGUGCCAAUAAGUGAAGAAAAUAUAUUCGAAACAAAAAAAAACGAGUUCAACAAUAUCCAUUCCACACAAAAACGAAAGCAUACGGCUCCGGUUGUCGCUAGCUUAAUAAUCAUGGCCAACAUGCACGAGGACGAAAUGAAGCACUGCUACGAAAACCUGAUCGUCGUCGAUGUCGGUGCGAAUCUAACCAACAAGAAGUACAUCCGUGAUCUGGAUUCGGUGAUACAGCGCGCAAAGGAUUCCGGCGUACAAAAGAUCAUGGUUCCUGGCACGUCAGUGAAAUCGAGCAAGGAAGCACUACGGCUAACGCGUAUCUAUCCCGGCAUCAUCUACUCAACCGCCGGUAUACACCCGCACGAUUCCAAAUCGAUCAUCGAAGAACCGAGCACCUGGCACGAUUUUCAGGUGAUGGCUAGUGCACCCGAAUGCGUCGCUAUCGGACCCUGCGGGUUGGAUUAUCAGCGCGACUUUUCCGAACCAUGCAUCCAGAAGGAGAUUUUCGAGCGUCAGCUAAAGCUUGCUUGUGAGCUACAGAAGCCCAUACUCAUCCACGAACGAUCGGCACAAGAGGAUGUAUUGGAUAUACUUACGAAAUUCCAACCAGCACAACCGAUUAUCGUGCGCGGUUUCAUGGGCACAACGGACGAAGCGUUAAAGUAUCUGGAGCGUGAUUAUUACAUCUCACUGACCGGAUAUUUGUGCAAGGACAAAUCCGACACCGGUGUGCGAAAGCUGCUGGAAGACGGCCGGCUACCGAUGGAGCGUUUGCUCGUGGAGACGGACUCCCCGUUUAUGUAUCCGAAUACGCGAGCCUCCAAGCUACCGCAACACGUAAAGGGUGGCCUGACGGAACGAUCACUGCUCUAUCUGCAUCGUUACUGCACGUUUCAACGGAACGAACCGUGCAGCUUGCCGGCCAUAGUGGAAAUGAUAGCGGCAUUUAUGAACAAAAAGCCGGAAGACGUUGCCCUGGCCACCGCAUUCAACGCACUGAAGUUGUUCGGUCUGUCCCAAUGAUGAUGGAUGCAUGCGAAAACUCUAAAUUGCACAGACACACCCACAACCCUCGAUGCCGACGACGAUUUGCGAGAGAUCAAGCGAAAAAACGAACGACAUCCCGUCUGCCAACAGAUGGAUGAUAUUUAUACGAUUUAUUCGACACGGAACAUGUAUGUUCUUUUGCGGGUGAGACGAGGCAAAGAAAAAAGGACGUGAGAAAUGCGAAAGAACUACGUCCUGCGGACGAAUUGCUAGUAAACGAGUAAAGAUGGUGAUAAGUCGAUAAUGGAAUUAUUAUUAAUGGCACCUUUGUUUCAUUACCCCCUUUGUUUCAUUAGGUAGUGCUCUAAGCUUAUACGCUACUAUCGAUAAGGUGUAUUUUGUUAUUUUUUUUUUUUUGCUACAUUAAGCGACUUAUGGGUGAUACAGUUAACGUUAAACAUACAUUUCUUGCGAAUCAGAAUCCGUUUUUUUUCGUUCUGAUACCCGAUUGUAAUUCUUAUUUGAUUAUCUUAUCUUUUUUUUACCUCAAACGCUACUAUUUUGAAAAAUAUUGCUUUUUCAUACUCUCAUAAUGUUACGUUAGUUUAGAUUGUUUACAGUGUUAGUAUGUUAGUAGAAAUGUUAUGAUGUGUAAGCGAACUAUGUUAUGAAUACGAAAUCAAAUGAAAGACUGAGCGCGGCAGAAUUGUUUAGGGAUCAAACGUGCAACUGUUGGGUAGAAAGAGACGUAGAAAGUGUGGGCCCCUGCAUACGCCUUGAAAAAACAAAUUGAAAAUGCGAAGCUAUUGUCGAUGGUCUUCCAGAUAGUGGAAUGCGAAUUUCCUACGAGCCAAAGCCAAGAUCCGCAGGAAUUUGUUCGAUUACUAGAAUUUAAAGUCCAACGCGACUUGACGCGACUUAUUCGGAUGAUUCACAAAACGUACAUGUAAGUGAGCGAAAGGAAGGAAUGGGAUCAGCAUAUAGAAUCAUAAUUCGGCCAAUUUAGCGCCGGAAGUGCCAUACUUUAUAUGUCUCAAAUAAGCUGCGCUGAUGUAUGUAACAUUUGAUUGUAUAAAGUGUAACACUGUUUGUUUGUGUAAGUUAUUAAAAUGGUAGCUCAAUAAACGAAAUCAUAUAUUUUUGUAAAAAAA